UUGGUCUAUUUAUAUCUUCCCUCAGGGUCUGAACGAAAUAUAGUCUAGGUUUAUUUCGAACUGAAUUAACUCGCUUUUUAUCAAAAUGUCUCGAUUUAAUUUGGAUUCGGAUUAUGCUACAAGAUGUAGUGAAAAAACAUUACAGACUGUCGAUGAAGGGUUUUUCUUGAGGUUUGCCGAUAAUCUAGCAGAAAUAGCUGGUAAAUUUUGGAUAGAAAAAUGCUUCGGUAAGAUGAAGAACGACAAGGAUAAAUUCGGGAUUUUGUACAAACAUGAGCCGGUGAAAAAUGCACUGAUUGAAGUCCUGUCGAAUGUUCAAGAAAUUUAUCGCAAGAAAUCUUCAGCAAUAGCCUCUGCCCGAAUACAAGAAGCUGAAAAAUUACAAGAAAAAAAUGAUUUGCUCAAAUCACUAGCUCUAUACAGUCAAGCUGUAUUGCGGUCACAAAAAACAGGUGAAAACAAGGAAGUUGAUGCAGGAAAUACCUUGUCUUUGGCGCUUUUUGGAAGAUCUAAGGUACUGAUUGACAUAAACAGAUAUGAUUUUGCUCUCGCCGACAUACAGAUGGCACUUAAAGAAAACCUGCCGGAUUAUCUGAAAGGCGAUGCCUUCUUCAAAUUGGCGAUUUGCUACAAAGCAGUGAACGAAGAGAAAACGGCAAACGUCGCCGUUAGAUUAGCACAGAAAUUUCUAAACAUAAAAUCAGAAAUUUUAAUGAGCAGAUUUCACAAUGAAAGUAUGGCAGCAGCAAAAUUUCAGGAGAAUGCUGAAAUCAAAAGGAUUGAUAUUAAAAUAUCUGGAAAACCCAACAAAUCAUUUCCAAAUGCCAGUGAUACGCUCAUCGUCAAAGAGACACCUGAUUUGGGUAGGCAUGUUGUAUGCAAAGGAAAAAUCAAAACAGGUGAUAAUUUAGUCGUCGAAGCUCCGUACGCCGCAUGCUUGAUACCAGAAGUAUUUGGUACUUGUUGUCAACAUUGUUUCAAAAGGCUCACAGCUCCUGUUGGAUGUCCUACCUGUUCAAAUGUAGCCUUCUGCCAGCUUUCAUGUAGAGAUGAAGCAUUGGCAACCUACCAUAAAUAUGAAUGUAAAAUACUAGAACUGCUAUUAGGCUCAGGAGUUAGUCCCCUCUGUUUUUUGGCACUAAGAAUGGUAACGCAGAAAGAACUCGACCAAAACUUGGAUCUUUACGAGAAUAGAAAAAAUGAGCAUUUGUUUGGUUUAUGCACGAACAGAGAAAAGAGAAAUGCCAAAGAUUUUUUUAGAAGAACAGUGAUGGCCUCGUUUCUGUUGAGAUGUUUGCAGAAAGUUGGAUAUUUCGGUACCGAAAACAGUUCAGUGAUACCAACAGAAAAGGAGAUAAGUAUUGGAGAAAUGCUGCUUUUCAAUCUGCAAAUGUUACAGUUCAAUGCACACGAGAUAUACGAGAAAAUCUAUCCUGAAACACAUCGAUUCAAAGGAACCAAAAUCAACAAUAUCGGACUAGGACUAUAUCCAACCGUGGCGCUCUUCAAUCAUGAAUGUUAUCCUGCUGUCACGAGAUAUUUUAUGGGGAAAAAUAUUGUUAUAAAUGCAAUCAGGCCUAUAGGUGAUGGCGAAUUGGUAGCAGAAAACUACGGACCAAUGUUCACGAAGAAACCACUGGUUGCACGCAAAAAUUUCCUCAAUUCGCGAUAUUGGUUUGAUUGCCAAUGUCCUGCGUGUGUACAAAAUUGGCCAAUGCCUAGUUUGGAUACAGAAGAUAUGUCAAUACGAUUGAAGUGUCCAAAACAAAACAUUGCUAACGUUUCAUCACCAAAUAACGAUGGGCAGGAAUAUUCAAAUUUGAAUCUAAUGAAAUUUGAGUCUCCAGAAAAACAGUUAGAGGAAUGCAUUGAACAAUAUCGUUUGGCACAAGAAAAAAUGAACGAGAUGCAGCCCCUCGAAAGUAUUGAAAUAUUGAAGAAGGCUCUAGAUGUGUUUCAUGAAAUUGCUCUUCCACCACACAGAGAGACUCAUUUGGCUGAAGAUACUUUAAGAGCCUGCUAUGCUGAUCUUGGGAAUACCUUUGAAGUGCCUUCGAAAAAAUGAUUCAUUCAAAAUAUUCAUGAAAUAAUUCUGAAGAGAAAAAGUAAAUCUCGCAUACAUUUGUAGUUAAAAAUGUUAUGUUAAUGAAAAUAGAUUGUUGAAUAUUU